AGUAUCCGAACUCAGGAAAUGCCUGAAUUGCACAGACUCUCAUCUAUUACUGGAAAUCCUGACGCUGAUUGCGACAUUGAUCUUGGUGCUGACCGUCCCUUGUCCAACCUCCAUUCUUCCGUGAACGAUGCUCAAAAGACCGGUGACGAACUCGACAUUUGGACCAUGUCUGGAACAACACUUACUACAGAUCUUCCUGCCAGACCAAGAGAAUGGCGCUCCAAAUCCUACGACCAGAAACUACACGGGCAUCCAGAUAUGAAGAAAGAGAUUGCAGACCGUGAGCUAAUGUCUGGUCGGCAAAGCUUUGAAACCGCAAGGGCUGCUAGCAGGACUCCUUGUUGUGGGUCCUUGUUUUGUCUGGAGCAUAUUUCCGAAUGGUUGAUUGGUCCUUCGUCCGAUGGGAAAUGUCCAUCUUGUGGGACGCCUUGUGCAAUGAGAUCCAACGGAAGUAUCGCCCUGGCCAAUGCACCUCAUUCUCCACCUGAACUUGCCCAUACAUCCUCAUGCGCGCCGUCUCCCUUGCCUAGUCCAUAUACCGGUCCUCAUGAAUCGACUGUUGACGUGGAACCGAUUGGAGGGAAUUUUGAAGUCUAAUGACUGAAGUGCGGAUGAUUUAGCAAUUGUACACGCAUAGGAUAGGAUUUUUCGCGUAACUUUACAUAAUUCUGUCCAACCAUAGGUUAGACACGAUCUACAGAAGUCUACAGACGUGCAAUGGUCUUCAGGACCACUGAGGAUAACUGAGAGAGAGAAACAAUUUGAAGUAAGA